CAAAAAUAAUAUUAUUAUGUGUAAGCAUGCAUGGCUUCAUUGGCACUGCCCAAUUCUGACAUGCGGUCAUUCAUCAGCCUCAGCAACACGUACACAGAGUAUAUUUUACAAGUGUCCCUUUCUGCUACCCUCUUGCUUCAUGUUGCCUAUCCCUCAUUGGUUGCUUCACAAUCUUAAAACCCCAAUUGGCCCUAAACAAAGUUCAUCCCCUCUACCACCCUCACUCACCUAAUGCUCCCUUCUCAUCUCUUACUAUUCUUCAAUCCCUCAAUGUGCCACCCCUUCACUAGUUUCUUGAAUUACAUUUAGGAACCAUGAUUGAAACCCUGAAUCCUUACCCCAAUAGUCCAGCAAAAACUGCUGAAAUCAUGUCCAGGUACAGGCCCAUAGCACCCAAACCCACCACUCCUUCCAACUCCACAUCUGACCCUGGAAACACUAAUCAUGUAGGAAAUCUCUGGCCACAGUUGCUGAACAGACCCACCAGGAUCAAAAAAAGAGGUAGAGCUCCUUUACCAUUACCUAAUUCCUUCAAGAAACACAAAACACAUCAUGCCAUCUCAGGAUUCUGUUUCCCCUGUUCUGAAACAGAGAACCUUCCUAAUCUACAAAGUUGUUUCCUUCCACCCCUUCCUCUUCUUAACAAUGCUGCACCUUUUAGUUGCAGCUUAGACCCUCCAACACUCCCUCUUCUUACUUCUCCUAAACUUGGAUUGACGAUGAACUCUGCAGCAGAAGAGAAAGAUCUUUUGCAGAAUUUGCAAAGACCAAUCCCAAAUGUGAGCAAUGUCAUAGCACCCCACCCUGUUCGCCCUGUUGGCUCCUGUAUAAAUGUUGGGCACAUCAAUGAAGACUACUCAUCAAGCAUUCCAGUGCCAGUGCUAUCAAGAAGAGCACAAGAGGUGGAGGAUGAGGUUGAGUCUGAGUCUUUACCUGCUGUUAUAUCAGACUCAAAUAACAGAGUUAGGAUGGCUAACUCUGCUUAUAAGGAGAUGGUGGGUCAGCCACAAUGUUCAUGGCUCAAGUCCAUGGUCACCUGCACAAGGAUCAGUGGAGAGGUGACACUGAAUCUUCCUUUUGAUUCAAGUGUGCCAAUUUCAUCAAAUGGAUUUUCUUGCUGGGUGAGGAUAGAUUGGAAAAGGGACCAUAAGAACACAUCAUCAGUCAAUGCUUUCUGUGAUGUUAUGAGAUUAUCCUGUGAAUCCAAGCACUACCUCUUCACAUGGAGGUUCCACACUGCUGGUAGUAGUACGAUAGAAAUAUAGAAUAGAAGUGUCUGAAUCAUGUUGUAAUGUUUGAAAUUAUUAUUACUGAUGCAUAGUAUAAGGAUCGAGUAUGGUUUUGUCUA